AUGCCGGAGUGGUGCGAGGCGGAAGGCAAUUUGACAGCAGACACCGUCAAUGUGCGUGAUGAGCUUUGCCGGGUGCUCCGAGAUCGGGGGGGCGGAAGCCUCCUCCGCGGUUGGAGGAACGAACUCGACCCGGAUUUCCUGUUGAGCGUGUCGUACAAGGAGGUCGUCCGCGUGGCAGCAUCCUUUGGUUUGCAGAUGUCAGAGGACCUGAGCUUUGUUGAUCAAGAGCUUUUGUUUUCUUGGGAGUGCGCACUCUUGAUCGAGAUGUAG